AUGUCAAGAUUACACGAAGCGAGUCAGGCGCCAAUAGGGGAUGGCAGCGAACGCGGUGGUGGCGUCAGCGGGACAAAGGCGGAAGCAACAAAGAUCCGAGCGGCGCUGUCGUCCAUCGACCCGGUGCACGACUUGUCCCGCAUCGGCAGCAUCCCCUGCGCUCGCGGGAGCCUGCUCAUGGGUAUGGCCACCGCGGCGGGCGUUAUCGGCAUCAGUCUCGUCGCCGGCCGCGGCUUGCGCCGGGGCCUGAACUGGGGCGUUGGCUCGUUCUGCUUCGUCUCGUUGGCUAGCUGGGAAACGUGCAGACGCAACAUCAAGGCCGAACAGAUGAGGAUGCGCACCGUGAUCGAGGGGUAUAAGAGGGGGAGUGGGAGGGCGAAUCAGCCUAGUGCUACGGCGAUAGCGGAGGGACAGCAGCAGGGCGGGGCGACGGCGUGA